CACCUGUUCCUUUGGAUAAGGGACUCAUACAUUAUUUGAUGCACAUGUAUUUACUAUUAUUAUGUGUUUUAUGUUUUCACUUUUAUUGGUAUUUAAUUUUCAUAACUGAUUGUCAUUCAAGCACUACACAUUUAUUUAUUUUCUCAGAGCUAAAGUAGAAUAUCUUACAAGGGGAAAUAAAAUGUGAAAAAUUGUACUUUGAACAGGUUGUAAAAGAAGUAAACCAGGUAGGCAUUUGUUAACGGACCAUCAUCAGGGAGAGGGUUUGCCGAUAGGCAAUUAGAUGCAGAGAAGGAGCCAGUGAGAGGGCUUCAUAAACCCCCUGUGUUUUCAUACGCUAAUCUUAGCAUCACAUUCUGCAAAAGCAGGAAGCAGAUGACAAAUACUCUACCUGACUGUUUGUUCUCACAGAUUAGCAGCACGCAGGUCAGACUCUGUAUAUCCCAGACCAAGAACCGGGCCACAGAACACCAUGACUGUUACUCCAGUCUAUGAUGACUCAGAAGUUGUUGAGUUAUGUGCCACCUAUCAUCUCUAUCUCAAACCAAAAGCAAAAUUAAUCAUCUCAGUCAACCUCCCAGAAGAGACAGGCCAGUGUCGACCAGUAUCACACUGGGAUAUUUUGGAACAGUUGAAAACGAUGGUUGCACCAGACCAUUUCACUUCUCUCAGGGUUGUCAAAAGCACAAAGGAGGUCAUUCGACUGGAAGGUGAAACAGACACUAGACAAAUGUGUCAGAUUUUCUUAGAGAAAAUGAAUGGACAAACAUUGCAAAUAAACAAUCUAAGUGACCUUGCAAAACUUGAGGUACACGAGGCUCCUCUAGAACAUUCAUCCAUUGAAGAGACCAACGAACAAAUGCUAGAAGAGGGAGAAGAUGACGAAGACAUCACAGACUAUUCUACUGUGUCAUCUUGUAUACAUCUGGAAGGACUACCUUGUAAAUGGUUUUCUGAAUUGAACACAAAUAUUGACAAGCCAAGUGAGACGAUAUUAAGAAGUGCUUUUGAAAGAUAUGGAAAAAUAAUCUAUAUUGAUAUACCUAUGCUUGAUCCAUACAGAGAAGUGGAUGUGGGGAGCCCAGUGAGUCCUGGCAGUCUACAAGCCUUUGAUGCUUUUCUCCAAUAUGAGGACAAAUCAAGUGUCAUGAAUGCUAUGAGUUCACUACAAGGCAUGAAACUCAUGUAUGCUGCUGAGGAUGGGAAGUCUUUGGCAUGUGAUUUCAAGGUAUGUUUGGACACCACCAACCACUUUAGUGAGGAGGUAGUAAACAAAAGGGCUGCUGAGCGUCUUAAGCUGCAAGAGCUGGAGCUGGAGAGGAAGCAAGAGAAGGAAGAAGAAGAGAGAAAAAGAAAAAUUGAGGAGAAAAAAGCCAGAGCCAGGAAAAGGAGAGCCAGGUUGAAGAGGAAACUUCAGAGACAGAAACGAGAACAGAAGGCUGCCGAGCAGAAAGAAGCUUGUCCUGAAGAUGAAAUUGAGGAGACACAAGAAUGGGAAGAUAGGAAACUAACACUUGCUCAGAGACGUCUUGAGUCAAUCAUGCUUCUCGCUGUUCUCCUGGAUAAAGUGAAUGAUUUGGUUCAAGUGAACAGACUUGAAGAGGAGCAAAAUAACUGUGAAAUAGAAGCAAUUUUUAGUGACUUUUCUGUGUCCACAUACUCAGAGAACAGCAAAGUGGUUUUUCUGCAUGAGACUACAGAAGAAGAGAACAACCAUCAUGAAAUAGAAAUGGAAGAUGAACAAGAGGUGGUGAAAAUCAAAAUACACACGGAAGAUACAGAGGCGUAUGGACAAAGACUACAUUCACUCACUGAUAGCAGUUGCCAGAAAUGGAAUUAUGAAGAGGACUACCCACAACUAGAAGAUGCACAUGAAUCUUAUGAUCCACCACAGUGCUUUUAUGAACAUCGUAUUUUUAAACUAUCACAUUCUCAGCAUGUCCAUAGUAUCAGAUCUUCCAAAAAACAAAAGAUUUAUGAAACUGAUGAAUUUAUUAACUAUUUGUUAAAUUAUUACCGUUACCCUGAAUAUGCCAGAAUGUUUCUAGAAACAAGUGAACGUUUGAAUGAACCUAUGUGCAAAAGAGUGGUCCUUUGGAAGGGGAACAGCUUUCAGAUAAGAUUACAGAAUGUCAAUGGCCAUUUUGCAGAGAUGAAGUCCAUCCCAGAGUUAGAUGAGGAUACAGAAGAUGACAAUGGUAGAAGGGAGGAGUCCAUGGAAAAUUUACUAGAAAGUCCUAUUUGUAGAAGAGAUGCCAAUGAACGUCGGAAGGAUUUGAUUGAAAAUGAACAUGAGGUUCUGAUAAAAAAAGAAAAACCUCAGCAGGGAAAGAAUUGUCGAAAGAUGUAUCAGAAAAUAUGGGAUGAUGAUGAGGACAGCCAAAGCUUGGGAUCAAAUAGUGAACUGAGAAAGGUUUUGGAAGAAAUAAGUAGUACUUCAGAGUACUUCAGUGAGGAAUUAAGUGCAACCUCGAGUAAGAAAUUAAAGCGAGCAUCAAGGAAGCAAAGAAAACUUAAGCAAAUGAAAAAGUUAAGACAAUGCAGUGUUUCUGGGCAAAACCACAUCUGCCAUCAUGAAGACCUGCUAGGUAAGUUAUUACAUUCUUACUGCCAGCGUUUCAAAAAGCAUUCACAAUAUAAGUUACCAAAGGUCCGUAGAAGAAAACCGAUCUUGCAUCAUCAAUGUGACUCUGAAACAACCGAGUCUGAUUCAGACACAGUGGUUGAGGUUCAGAGAACAUUUAAAAGAAAAAGGCCAAAGAACAAGAAUCGGGGUUCUUCUCUAGAAGAAAAGAAACAUAAGAAGGAAAUACACUCCAGUUCUGAUAGCGAAAACAGUUUGGAUUCUUAUCACCAGCAUAAGAAAAACAUAUGCCGUCAUCAACACAAUGGGAAACCAAAAUGCAAGAAACAAGAGGCACCAGAUUUAGAUGAAAAUUCAAAGAGGAAUUGGGAUUAUUGCUUUAUAGAAGAUGUUUCUGACUCCUAUGAACAAGAAGAGUCCUCAUGGAUUGGUGAAGAAACCCAAAGCAGUUACAGUCUGAAUUCCAGUCUUCAAAAAGGGGAAAAUGAGCAACUUGACAUUUGUUCAAAGGGUUUACCUGCUAAUUACUGGGACUGGGACCACCAUUUCUACCCAGCUAGUAAGACUUAAUGCAUAGAAAAUAUACUUAUAGCUGCAUUCACGUAGGGCGGCGUAUCUUUCAGCCGGCGUAGCGUAUCGUAUUUACGCUACGUCGCUGUAAGUCAGAG